UUCCCUCUGCCUCCCAAACCAGAUCCCCCGCCCUCGCCCUCGACCAUUUCAAGCAAUUUCUCUCGCUCCGCCCCUCAGCGUGGUAGGGUAAAAAUCUCGCCUUGGGCCGCUCUGGUUGCUUGGAGGACUCGUCAUCUGUUUCCGGCGGCGCUGGGCGGGGCUGAAGUGAGGCGUCAGGAACCGUCUGGGUGCGCAGUCGAGAGUGCUCGGUGGUUGUGCAGCGGGAGAUGUCGGGCCUCUUUGGGAGGUUUAAUUCCUUCAAAAGGAUUAAUAUCACACUGCAUCAUUUGAGAAUGUCCAGCCACACAGAUGCAGAGCAAGAAGUACUAUUGGAAAGAAGAGGUUGCGCAGGAGUGAUAACACUGAACAGACCAAAGAAACUAAAUGCACUGAAUCUUAGUAUGAUCCGGCAAAUUUAUCCCCAGUUAAAGAAGUGGGAACAAGAUCCUGAGACUUUCCUGAUCAUUAUAAAGGGAGCUGGUACAAAGGCUUUUUGUGCUGGGGGUGAUAUCAUAGAUAUCGUAAAGGGAAACCAGAAGAUAACUCAGAAUUUCUUCAGAGAAGAAUAUAUACUAAACAAUGCCAUUGCUUCUUGCCAGAAACCGUAUGUUGCACUUAUUCAUGGAAUUACAAUGGGUGGGGGAGUUGGAGUCUCAGUUCAUGGACACUUCCGAGUGGCUACUGAAAAGUCUCUUUUUGCAAUGCCAGAAACUGCAAUAGGGCUAUUCCCUGAUGUCGGGGGAGGUUAUUUUUUGCCAAGACUUCAAGGAAAACUUGGUUACUUACUUGCAUUAACAGGAUUCAGGCUGAAAGGAAGAGAUGUGCACGCAGCAGGGAUUGCUACACACUUUGUAGAUUCUGAAAAGUUGGGCAUGUUAGAAGAAGAUUUGUUAGCCCUGAAAUCUCCUUCAAAAGAAAAUAUUGCAGAUGUCUUAGAAACGUAUCAUACAAAGUCCAAGAUUGAUCAAGGCAAGUCUUUCAUACUUGAGGAACACAUGGACAAAAUAAACAGUUGGUUCUCCGCCAAUACUGUGGAACAGAUUAUUGAAAAUUUGCAGCGGGACGGGUCAUCUUUUGCCCUAGAGCAGUUAAAGGUAAUUAAUAAAAUGUCUCCAACAUCUCUAAAGAUCACGUUAAGGCAACUCAUAGAGGGUUCUUCACUGACCUUGCCAGAAGUAUUAACUAUGGAAUAUCGGCUGAGUCAAGCUUGCAUGAGAGGACAUGACUUUCAAGAAGGCGUUAGGGCAGUUUUAAUAGAUAAAGACCAGAGUCCAAAGUGGAAACCAGCCACUCUAAAAGAGGUCACCGAUGAAGAUCUGAAUAAUUCCUUCAAAUCUCUGGGAAGCAAUGAUUUGAAAUUUUGAAGUGACUGGAUUCGGAAGGCCAAACUAGAUCUUGAUGACUACCAGUGCAGUACAAAUCUGUUUAUCCAGGACUUUUCCUGCCUGCUCCCACCUUGGUUUAUCCACUACUACACGGAUCACGCAAGCCUUGUACUUCCUCAUCCGUGGUUUGAUGUAUGUGGCAUACAUGUCCAAUAUAAGGUAAGUCCCUGUAUGUCACAAGAUAUUAUACUCUGUUCCAAUGAUUCAGGGACGAGGGGUAGUGCUUGGUGACAAAACUGUACUGCCAGUGUCAGAGAGGGUGGCAACAGAGUUCACACAGCCAGCCAGAUUCAGAGCUGAAAGACAUCCCACACCCCUGGAGGAGCCCAGGGCAAAGGAGGAACUGAGAUUAAAAUAAUUAGGUGUAACUAAAACCCAGUAGGCUAUUCCCAAUGCGUGCUGAAAAUUUUAGUGCAAUGUGCUGCUUUUAUAUGGCUUUGUGUUCUCCCCGUAAUAUGUAUUACAAAUGACCUUGCAGCAAAAGUGUUCUGAUGUGAGAGAAAAUGAAGGAAAAACAGCAACAUCUAGGCUUUUGUCUGACUCAGUAUUAACACUCAGAAACCUAAGUAUUUCUUGAUGAUCUGGAAAUAUCAAGAUGGUACUGAAAACUGUUUUUGCAGUUUUAGGAAACUUUCUGUUCUCAGCCUUCUAUAAACAGGGGUGGUGGUUUUUCUAUCUUCUCAGUCGUUAAGAUGGCCUGGGGGAUAGGUGAAGGGAAAGCUGAAUGACCAAACGUCUGAAGGCAACCGAAAGAGCCCAUCACUCAAUUCAAAGAAUUUUCUUUGCCCAGUAACUCGGGAGAAUUCACUCUAUUUGACUGUGGGUUUCAAAGUAUAAUUGUUAAAAUUAGAGGUAGCAUUUCUGUCUGUUUAAAAGGCCAAAUGCAUAUUUAUUUCUUCAAAGAGGUCACGAGCCUUCCUCUUUCUCUGCCUUUAGAUUUCAGUGAUGAGAGUCUGUUGUAUCUUAAUAAAAGGAUUUAAUGCAAAUGGGCUUAAAUAAUUCCCUUUCCAGUUAAACUCAAUGUGUGGCAAAAUCUUGAUGUAAAGAUAAUUCUAGAGACUGAUUCUCAAUCUUCCUACAAGUUACAUCUUAGUAACUUCUCGCCUAAAUUUUUUGUCACCAGUGAUCUCAAGCAGCACUAAAUUCUUGUUUUUUAACAAGGCCAACUUUAUGACAAUAGUGUAGUGUAUGACAAUAGUAUAGUGUAUGGCUGUAAAUGCCCUGUGUGGGCAUUGUUACCAUAAACAAACAAAAUGAACUGACCCUCCACACCUCUGAGAUAGCGAAGCUUAAUACACAUUCAGCACAGAGACCAGAUUCUUUUUACCUUGCCAGCUAGUGCUUCUAUUGUUUUAAAAUUUAUUGGAUUGCUGUUUAUAAAGGUUCCCAAACUUGUUUGCUUGUAUAAUUAUAUUAAUAUAUCACUGGGCUUAAUUCAAUGUGAUAAACAUUAAUGCCAUGACUUCUAUAAAUUGUGUCUUGUUGAGAUGCCUAAUACAAGAAGUGUGAGCCAUCUAUAACAGCUGUGCUUAGGGCCCUGAGGGUCAAGGUGGAUCUCCUCUAUGUGGGUUGCUUUCCAAUGCUUGAUCAUUUGUGUUAAGUAGGGUUCCUUAACACAGAUGGUUUGGACAAACAGAAGCUACUGCUAAUCACUAUGGCUUGAGUGCCAUUCACUGCCAAGACAUUUCAAGAACAAUCCUUUUCAUAUCUCAGUUUUGGUGUAAAUUAACAUUAUUUUAAAAGUGUUUUUAAACCAUUUGGAAAUAUGGACAUGUUUAAAUAUUUCUUUCUUUGGUGAUGCUGUACCAUCUGAAUCUGUAUGUGACACAGCUGGUUAGCGUGGUGCCACAGGACCUCUGUUUAGUCCUUUAAGUGACUACAAUCCAAGAACAAGCAGGCAGAAAUUGCUAUUACCAUAGAAUGACUUAAAACACAUUUCACUUUAGGUAUUCCUAUACCCUUGAUAUGACCAUAGACUGAUUUUUACAUUCAGAUGGAAUCAGUGUUUAUUCACACAACAUUUUGCUUUUCUUUCAUGUGUUUAGACUAGCACCAACUCUAUCCACAGUUCAAGAAGGUGUCCUAAUUCUACAGCAUCAAGGCCCCUCACUCUCAAUGAAUGGGAUGUCGCCGUACUUGGUGUUACUAUCUGCCCACUGCUGCAAGGCAUCACUCAAGAUUUCCUGGGACAGGCGAUGUGCAAAUUCGAAGACCAGGAUUUUGGAUUCCGUAAGUCCCUUCACUUCCUCACUGAUAACUUGAGAAGGCAUCCUAGGUUGAAAUAUCUCAUCUGACAUAAAGCUCUCUGCACUUGUGUGCUGCUUGUCACUCUCAAUUGUGGUAGGAAAUGCGAAAAUUUGCUUUGAUUUCAUGCAGCCCAUGUUAUGAAGAACUUUGAGUGAAGCAAAGCAGUAGGAAGACUACUUCAACACCAUCUUUGGAAAACACUGAGCAUCUGUCCACGUGAUGUUGACCAGUGCUUUUUCUCUCCAGGCCACUUGAGAUCAGUGUUCCCUUUUACCACUCGUCACAUGUAAUGUUUAUCUG